GAGUGUUAUGAUAGACUCUGUUCUCGUUGUCUUCUAUCACUUUUGAUUUUAUUUUUGGUUCUAAACCUUCUUAUUUACAUGCAUUUCAGGAUAUUUAAGGCUGCGUUACAUUUACACUCCUAUAAAAGAAGCUCAAUUUUACAAAUGCAACAAGUCAAUAACAAAUAAUAAGAUUUUUAUUAUUUAUCCGCGCUAGAACAUACAUAUGACAGGUUCGCUGCAAACAAGUGAUCUCUAACAUAUGAAAUUUGUAGCAUUAUAAGUUACUCUAUAGUUGGUAUUUGGGCUGCUGAUUUGUGGGGUUGAAAAUGCCAAAAUGUUCCUCAGUCUCAGAUCCCUCCUUGAGGUUUUCAUCGAACAUCGCAGACAUGUAAAUUUGUAUAGGGUUCUCCUUUCCCUGUGUCUUUGGUGUCCCAUUUCAUCGAAUGCGCUUGAUCAAAUUUUCUAUAAUAAGUUUCUGCAUUUGUGGACUUGCAUCUGUAUCACCUCACCAGAAGAAGGCCAGCCACUCUCUGACAAAACAGUCAUGUUAAACCUCCCGACCUCUCAACAGCCGAAUACAAUCCAACGAUGCAUCAAAAAGGUUCCUCUAUUGACGAUUACCUACCGGAUCUGUUACAAAACAUUUGGUGCUGUAAACAGACCAUACUGAAGAUUACCCUGAGGAUUUCUUUUUGUACAAAUUUCUCUCACCAGAGAUCUCAUGCAUCUUAAGGAAAUUAUAGAAGUAUGGAAGUGCAAGAUGACGAGAGAGAUAACUGGGGCUGGUGAACAAGAAGAUUUGUCGUCUUCCCUGAGCUGAUGACUCUAAAGCUAGUUCAUUUGCCAGAUUUCACCAACUUUCAGUGUAACCAUAGUGGGGAAGCUAAUAACCGCAAGGUACAAUUGUUGCUCCAAAUUUUACAUUUACAUUUCUUACUUGUGUCAUGAAUCAGUCUGUAUAAUUACAUAUGGUGAAGGCCGUCGUUAACCUAGUUUUGAAAAUUAUGACAUUGUGACCGCAACACCUUAGGAAACAUGCAUGUCAGUUUUUGUGAAAGACAGACAGACAUCUAAGCUGUAAAUUUAAGGGAGUGUGGGUGGCCUGAACCUACAACUACAUUAGAUGUAGCAGUGUUUUUUGGUCUCAAAUACUCGAGUUGAUCUCCCAGUUCUAGUACCAACACUGUCGGGUUUUUAGAUAAUUAAUAUGGAGUUACCAGUGUGCUAUGAUAAAAAACAGAAACUUUUUCAGACAAUGCUGGGCAGAGAUAAUUUUACUUGUGAACUUAGAAGGCCUAGAUAUAAGCUGUGAUCACGAUAUAGAUAUAGAACUCCCUAGUAGAUGGAAACCUCAAUUAUGUAAUCUGGAAAGAUUAGUGUUGGCCUUGUGAGCUGAAAUAUCUAUGCUACUAAUGGUUACAGGUGCUUACUGUUCGUAAAUGUUGAUGCUCUACUCUUUUCUUUCACAUUCCCAGCUUUAAGAAGUCUACAACUCCAUUAAAAUGCAAACAUAUAAACCUGUAGUUUAUUGCAAAAAUUUGUGGAGGAUGCGAACUGCGAAGGGUGGUGAACUUUCAAGAAUGGAGAAGAAGACUACACUGAUCUUUCAGCCGAAGUCUGUUAUUCUUAUAGAAUUGCCAAACUUUCAUAUUAUAGAUUGUUGGGAAGCAUUGUUGCGUUGCAGGGAUGAUAAAAAUUGAAGCAUUGUUGCAGAUUUUCUUAUAGAUGAGGUGGCCUUGAACUUGACGGGGUUCUAACUAAAAUCCUUUUGCGAGGCUCUAAUUUGUAUAUACUUCACAUAUUUUACGAAUUUAUAUGUUGAUGCUUCUAAAAUUUCGGGGCCUAUUCGUUCAGGCGUUUUAGGCGCAAGACUUGUUCGAAUAUUGUCAGGACCACUCUCUUAGAGAUUUCUCAAACCUCAAAAGUUCGGUAGCAUUUUAAGCUAUGCUUUCAAUAUGCCCAAAUUACAACAUUUUGAUUUCCAGGGAGUCCCCAGCAUCGACUAUUUCACUUCUAACCGAGUGCUAGUCGAAGGUUGAGUUCUACUGUAAUCGAAGAAUAUAGCUUUAUCAAUUUGUUCUGCAUCUUUGCUUUCUUUUCGAAGUUUAGAUAAGGAAAAAAAAGAGCAAGCAAGAAUCAUGGUUGGUCUGUCUGACAUUCCAUGUGUGGGAGAAGUUGUGGACAGGAUUUCUAAAGCUAUUGUCGAUGCGAUGUCUCGUGGGUUGUGGUAUGUGUUCUGCUACAAGUCUCUUGUCGAUGAACUUGAUUCUGAAGUUGAGAAACUUAAGAUUGAGCAGGGGAAGAUGGCCAGAAGAACCAAGGAAGAAAAAGAUAAGGGUAAAAAUAUUCAUGACUUUGUAUUGAAAUGGCAAAAAGAUGUAGAAGAGAUUCUCCAGAUGAGCGGGGAAGAGUGCUCACCUUCGUGCAGCUGCAGCCAGUGUCUGCCGAUUCCUGAUCCUGUUUCCCGGUGGCAACUUGGUAAGAAUGCAGCAAACAAGGCCAAGACAGUAGCUGAGCUUACUAUUUCUGGAAAUAAUUACCAGAAAGGAGAAAUUGCACAAUUUCCACCACUUGAGAAUGUACCGAGAAGUGUUGGUGAGUUUCAGAAAUUUCAGUCCAGAGAAGAUGCCUAUAAGGAGCUCUGGGAAGCGCUUGUGAAUGAAGAUGGUGCUCGGGUCCUGGGCAUCCAUGGAAUGCCAGGAGUUGGGAAAACCCGAAUGAUGGAACAGAUUUGGAAGGAAGCUAAAGAGGAGACUAAAUUUGAUAUGUUUGUACAAGUAGAUGUGGGCAGUGAAAAGAUUGAUCUUAUGAGAUUACAGGACAAGAUUGCGGACCAACUAGGUUUCUCUUUGGACUCAAAAUAUAGUGUGGUACAGAGAGCUUCACAGCUAGAAAAUAGUUUAUUGAAUAGGGGGAAGAGCCUUAUCAUAUUCGACAAUGUCUGGGAUGAGAUUAAAUUAGAUACUAUUGGAAUUCCAUUUGGCAGUAGUAGUAGUACCAAUAGUUGUAAGAUCCUACUGACAUCUCGAGAUGAAGGUGUAUGUUUGCUUAACAACUGCAGAUAUCUUGUCAAGAUAGCACCCCUGACACCAGAAGAGGCGUGGCAUCUCUUCGAGAACACAGUUGGUGCGAGUAAAAUUGUCUCUCUGAAGGACGAGACCCUGGCGAAGAAAGUUUGUGCUAAAUGUGCAGGUUUGCCACUCGUCAUUGUUGUUAUUGGUAAAGCACUGAAAAUCAGGCAGGAUUGUUCUUGGAACGAUACACUCGAUCAGCUUGAAAAUUCUAAAAUCAAAAACGUUUCUGGAAUAGAUGCUGAUGUAUAUGCUUGUUUGAAAUUGAGUUUUGAUAACUUAGAGGAAGACGCAAAGCUAUGUAUGUUGCUGUGUUCUCUACUCCCUGAUGAUGCUAACAUCCAUAUCAUGAAGCUGGUCCAGUUGGCAACAGGCUCGCGGCUUGUACAUAUUACAGAAACUAGAGUAUGUGCUAUGGUUGAUGAACUCAAAUUAUCCUCAUUGUUGCUUGAAGGUAUAAAUGAUGAAGUUUUUAAACUUCAUGACAUCAUUAGAGACUUGGCAAGAUCCAUAGGUGGCGCAGAUCCAAAUUAUGGAUUUGUUUUUGCAAGAUGCUACUCGUCGUUGCCUGAUAACUAUGCUGAAUAUGGUACUGCCAAGUUAUUACAUUUAGAGCUGAGGACAAAUGACUUUCAAUUUCCUCAUGAUCUGCAGUGCCCAGACUUGCAUACCUUGUCAUUACGAUCAACUGGCAAGGAUAUUAAUCAGGUCCAUGUGACUACAAGCUAUAAUGAGAAAAUCUCAGGCAGUAUGUUUGGGAAUCUCAGAUUUCUGGUGCUGGUGAAUUUUUCAAGGAAGCAGCAGUUCUCUCUUCAACACCUGGAUAGACUUAAGACGCUUGUCUUAGAGCACUGUGACAUAAGUUACAUUGGUGAUACAGAUGCUAGCUUUUUUCCAGAAAGCCUAGAUAGUCUAUGCAUUUGGAAGUGUCAUCUUCCAGUACCGCUGGAUUUACCAAACCUGAAAUAUCUCCGGAAACUAGAAAUCCAACGGAUAAAUGAUGAUGUGAUGAUGAUAAUGGUGCCAAAUGCAAUAUCUAAUUUAUCCAAUUUGAAAACAUUGCACAUACCAGCUGGAUAUUUCACUACUGAAGAUGAUGUACAGGAAGAUUUAGAGAUUCCAGGGUGUGAUAAUACGGUAUACCAAUCUGUAGCGGGCCAGAUAUUUGAUGAGAUUAGUAAAUUGACUCGUCUGACAAGCUUACAGAUUUCUUUUGAUUAUACUGAGGUUUUCCAAGAUACACAUAUGUUUCGUAAUUUACUUGAGUUUAAUAUAUGUGUCGGUCCUUCAACAGGUUUUAGUCAUCCAAUUCUGCGUGUUCCAGUAACCAGGUUGAUUGAAUUGCAUGACUGUCAGUUAUCAGGCCUGGAAGCUCUGUUGGAGAAGGCUGAAAAGGCGGUACUGGAGAAGAUAGAUGAUUUUAAAGGGAUAAUCAUUUGCAGUAGCAAUAGGGAUGCAUUUGCACAAUUGAGAACCCUAUACAUCGACGAUUGUAACAACCUGGAAUGUCUAGCAAGGAUAUCGCAGAAUGAGAUCCAGCAUACUCAUCAAAAGUGGAAUGCUUUCUCUAGACUAACCAUUUUGAAAAUCACAAGCUGCUCUGCUCUAAAAUACCUCUUCUGUGAAUCUGUUGCUAAGUGUUUCGUGCAACUGCAAGUUCUCCGCAUAUACUGGUGUUAUAAGAUGGAAGUCAUCGUGAUGAAUGAAGGCAAUAGUGGCGGAGAUAUCAUAAGUUUUCCCAAAUUAGAAUCAAUGGAGCUAGCACAUUUGCCAGGGCUCACAAGCUUCCACAGAAAAAAGCAUUCCGGCUCAACAUCUGUAAUUGACAAUUCUGCUGUCUCCCCUGCUCAACGCCGACCUUCAUAUGAUGGAAUGGUUGCGUUUCCUUCCCUGGAAAAUCUGAUUAUCCAGUGGUUGGAUCAAAAUGACACGAGAGAUAUUUUGUUGGAAAUAAAGAAAGCUUCUGGUGUCCAACUGUGAUAAACUGGAAACUGUGAUCCCACUUACCAUGUUGCCUAGGCUACGUCAAUAGUUUGAGAAACGCGUUCCUGCCUUCUUUUGCCAGAGACCUCAUACCUUAAGAUAAUGUGUAUAAUCAGCUGCAACAAGAUGACAGUUGUGUAUAUAGUGACUUAAAAGAGAGUUAUUUGCCCUUCGAGGGUUUUGUAUUGAAAUGAUUUGUUGUUCAUUCUUGUUAUUGUCUUCUAUCAACAACAAUCAUUUUCGCCACAGAGAAA